CCGGGCGGAGCGCGCUGGGUCGAGGCCGUGUGGACCGCGAGUUCUGCUUGGAGCAGUGCACCUAUGAUACAUGCUUUAGAAACGGAACAUUUGGUUCAAAGAAAAAAUGGCUCUCAAUCCAUCUGUAUUUCCUCGAGAAAGUGAAGCGAAUAAUGCAAAUUGUAUGGAAACAAAACAGUCGCACGCCGCUUCCAUAGCUGCGGAAGAUCCCCUUCAGAACCUGUGCUUAGCGUCUCAGGAAGUGCUUCAUAAGGCCCAGCGGAGCGGGAGGUCCCACUGUCUCAAGUGUGGAGGCUCAAGAAUGUUCUACUGCUACACAUGCUGCGUCCCCGUGGAAAAUGUGCCCACCGAGCUGAUCCCGCUCGUGCAGCUUCCGUUAAAGAUCGAUAUCAUUAAGCAUCCGAAUGAAACAGACGGCAAAAGCACUGCUGUGCACGCAAAGCUCUUAGCGCCCGACUCUGUGAGCAUUUACACAUACCCGUGCAUUCCAGAGUAUGAAGGGAAGGACCAUGAGGUUGUACUUGUUUUUCCUGGGCCUCAGUCUAUCUCAAUUAAAGAUGUCUCUUUUCAUCUGCAAAAAAGGAUUGAAAGUAAAGGUAGAGGCAAAGCUGAUGACUUUGAUAUGCCACCUUUUAAACUCAAGAGAACUAAGGUGGAGGAAGGCUGUGAUCUGAAUGAGAGCACUUGCGAAGGCCCAGCAUUGAAAAGAGCCGUCUUUAUCGACAGCACGUGGAGCCAGACCAACCAGAUAGCCUCUGAUGAGCGGCUGCAGGAGUUAUUACAAGUUGAACUGAAAACAAGAAAAACUUGCUUUUGGCGCCAUCAAAAAGGGAAGCCAGAUACUUUCCUUUCCACAAUUGAAGCCAUUUAUUACUUCUUGGUAGACUACCAUAGUGACAUGCUGAAAGAGAAGUACAAAGGACAAUAUGACAAUCUUUUAUUUUUCUACUCUUUUAUGUACCGCUUGAUAAAGAAUGCCAAAGGCUCGGGAGAGAAGGCAACCCCAAAAGUCAUCCAUUAGUUCUGCCACAGCACUCGGCCUGUGCCCUGCUGAUGUUCAAGCUUGCAGUUGAGCCCUGUUUUCUCUGGAGAGAUAAUCAUGCUCAAUGCCUGUGAGAGGACUUGGGGAAAAUUCUAGUUUUGCUCAUUUUAUCAUCUUUUUUAAAGGAAAAUUUCAGUUUUUACAACUUUUAAGAAUGAUCCUGACUGAAAGACAUAGUUCAGAAGCUGUUUGCUUAGUUUGGGGUUAUCUCAGUUGCAUUGUACAUUUUAACAUGCUGUGUUACUUUAUGUGAUUGUGAUUGUAUGUGAUUGUAGACUGUCUUAUCUUUUCGCUUAUACUCAUCUUACCUUUGGAUGUAAAUGAAGUCAAAAUCUUUUGGCAAAAAGAAAAGUGAAACAUAAUUUGCUUGUGGCUAGUGAUAGUUGGCAGGAAAGUGUGUUAUGUGUGUGUCCACACUUCCUCCCACUGCCUAGCCGCUGCCCUAGGAGAGAACUGUGGUGUCACAUGGUCCUGCCAGACGGAUGUGCAUAUGGCCUAUUUUGGCAAGUCACAUGGCCCAAGAGGACCAUGUGUUUUGAUGUACUAGGAAUGCUGUAGAAGAUGGAAAUUAUUUUUCAAGAGUUAUACAAUGUUAAAAUAAAUUUUUCUCAUUUUUAAAACGUGUCUAGAAAUAAAAAUA